CGGAAAACAAAAUUUGGGGGAGGUUGUUCGUUUAACCCUGUUAGAGAGCUCGCUAGGUUGAUCCCCUGUUCUCAUCUCAACGACAUGCAGCGUUAAGACAGAACCCAUUUCUCUGUCUCUCUCUCUGUCUCUGUCUCUCUCUCAAAAUGCAGAGCACACCGCUUGCUCAGUCUCCUUCGACGCCGUUCCUCAAACCUCGAAGCGGAGACAUCCUUCGGUCCCCUUCGACUCGCGAUGCAUUGCCGCUGAAGUUGCUCGAGCGCGGGGCCCGUAACUCUGGCCUCCUGCCUUUGAGGACGGUUUCGCUGCUCCGUUCUGCCUCGCGACCCCACGCGCUGGGCCCGGCUGCUGCUUCUUCUCCUUCAUCUUCGCUUCUUUUUCUGAGACGGAAGGAAGAUGGCACCAAGGCCAGGGCUGCUUCGGCGCCCGGGAUAGCGGAGGACGGCGCCACGAAGCUGGGCGGCGUCACGAGGACGCUGCGGCUCGUUGUCAUGUUCGGCACUUGGUACCUUUUGAACAUCUACUUCAACAUUUACAACAAGCAGGUCCUGAAGGUAUACCCUUUCCCAGCAACAGUAACAGCAUUUGAGUUUGGGUGCGGGACAGUGAUUAUUCUCCUGAUGUGGGCAUCUAGACUCCAUCCAUUCCCUAAGCUCACUCGAUCUCAGCUUGCAUUAAUUCUACCACUGGCUGUGGCACACACAAUGGGGAACCUCCUUACCAACAUAAGUAUUGGGAGAGUGGCUGUUUCUUUCACUCACACGAUCAAAGCCAUGGAGCCUUUCUUCACAGUUGUUCUUGCUUCUCUGUUCCUUGGAGAGAGGCCAUCAUUCUGGGUUGUUUCCUCCCUGGUGCCAACUGCAUGUGGAGUGGCACUCGCAUCUUUCUCCGAGACUUCAUUUAACUGGAUUGGAUUUAGCAGCGCAAUGGCUUCCAAUUUGACAAACCAAUCGCGUAACAUAUUUAGCAAGAAAUUCAUGGUUAACAAAGAGGAAACAUUGGACAAUAUCAACCUCUUCUCAGUAAUGACGAUAAUGUCUUUCAUGUUCCUGGCUCCCACAGCUAUUUUCAUGGAGGGUUUUAAGUUCACUCCUUCAUACCUGCAAUCUGCAGCAAGUCAAGGUUUGAACAUUAAAGAGCUGUGUGUGAGAUCUCUUUUGGCUGGAUUCUGCUUCCACAGCUAUCAGCAGGUCUCUUAUGGGAUACUAGAGAUGGUAUCGCCGGUCACUCACUCCGUCGGAAACUGUGCAAAGCGCGUGGUGGUCAUAAUCUCUUCAGUCAUCUUCUUCCAAACCCCGAUUUCGCCCAUCAACUCCCUCGGAACUGCGUUGGCUCUCGCCGGAGUCUUCCUGUACUCAAAUGCCAAGAGGAUGACGCCAAAACUGAAGGUCUGAUGAGGCGUGAUGUGCUAUGUAGAGGGAAAAAUAAGAAGUUCAAUGAAUUUGACAACUAAUAAAAAUCCUAACUGAGAACUUCAGCAGUUGUUCAUAACAAAUACCCAUAAAAAGUGAGGAUAGUCUCAUUUUUUAGCGUCCCCGUCCCAACCAGAGUCAGUCAAUGCACAUUGUCUUUGGGAUUUCAGUCUAUGAUCCUUUGAAUUCAAUGAACAGUCACAUUAGGUCCUGUCGGAUUUUCAAUUCGAGUACAUGUCAUCAACAA